CUUGUAUCUUCUGGCGUGAUGCAUGGGCUCCCGUGCUCAGCGCUACAGAACUGUUUUGGUGGUCCUCCAGAUGUUUCUGCUGACCCCGCUUCAUACCAGGACCCAGAACUCUCGAAAACUGGGCCGGAUCCUGCCAUGGGCCUGACUGUUCUCACUCAGCCUGGUCCAAUAAAGCCAGUGAGGACUGACAGCCAGCCUUCAUUUAGCUGCGUCUCCAUCCAGACCAAGACAAACGGGACUAACUCCAAAACCAAAGAACCGGACGCAGAGAACCAGGACACACUUCAUUCCUACCCAAGCUCAGAAGGGCUCUCAGAAGAAGACGAUGCCCAGGAUAGGAGCCCUGUUCUGGACACAAAACGGCCACAUAUUCCCCGUCCAUCUAUCAUCAGGCCACAGAAGGAACACCCAAUCCAGGACAGCCUGCCAGUCAGAACAGAUUAUAUUGAGCCAGAGGAUGGACCGUUAUCAGGUCUGGACCAGACAGACAUACCAGAGGGACUGUCCCGCGCGCGGAGCAUUAUGGCAGAGCCAGACUAUAUGGACGGUGAUAGCGAUGAACUCAUUAAGCCCAAGAAACUCCUCAACCCAGUGAAGUCCUCCAGAAAUCACCAGGACCUACACAGAGAGCUCCUCAUGAACCAGAAAAGGGGCCUUGCGCCGCAGAAUAAACCAGAACUCCAGAAAGUGAUGGAGAAGAGGAAGAGAGACCAGGUGUUAAAGGCUCAGAAAGAGGAGCAGGAGGCGCACAAGAAAAGGUCAGACCUUGAGAUCGAGCUCAUGAAGAGACGAGAAACCCUUGAACAGCUGGAAUUGGGGCAACAUAAGAAUGAAGAGGAGCAAGAAAACACCCCGGAGUUUGUCAAAAUGAAAAGCAAUCUGAGAAGAACCAAACAGGAAGUGGACGGGCAGGAGCGUGCCACCUAGAAACAGUUUCCAUGGCACAUUUGUUGGGAAAUGGACUGGGGUUUGUGGGGAUUUCCUGAAGUUUUUCCCCUAUGUGUCCCUAUGAAACAAGUGACUGUAGACGAACGGUUCCUGUUGCCUGCUCGCAGACACAACCAGUAUUCACGCAGCCUCUUUUCCUGAACAACGUUCACAAAUAAAGAGGAUUGAAGAAUAAACGACACAUUCACACAAACUCUUGCACAUGGGCGCAGCCUCUUUGCCACUGGUUGACUGGCUUCAAAGAACAUGCAUGGCGGAACAAACAGAGACCACAUGAUUACUUUGUUGGGUAUUUUUUUAUGUUUUGGAAAGGGGGCACAUAUUAUUUUACUAUUUUACUUUAAAGACCUGAAAUGGGACACUGGAUGGACUCUUUUAAGCCAAAACAAUCCUCUUUUAUUUAUGUUCAGUCUAAGCUUUUGUUCGAAAGGGCUUCUCGAGUCAUUUUCCUCUUGGUUGACGUUUAAAGGAAACUAAAUAUAAAGUUCCAACAAUGCAAGUUGUAGUUGCAUCAUGCUUGCUUUUUAUGAAUUGUAAUGUUUGUGCGCUCCCUCUGCUAAAUUUCAUAAGCGAUAUUAGUUCUAGUUUUUUGAGUUUUCUUUGCAAAUAUUUUUGUUACAACUUUUUUAAUGAAUACAUUACUAAUAAGUGAAUACACUUUAGUUCAAUGUGAUAUUAAAUGCAAGUGCAUCUGUUCUCUUUCACUUGAGUGGUAGAACAUGAAAUGUUUAUUAAUGAAGAAAGACACAUGGUUUUGUGUAGAUUUGAGCCAAUAAAUAACCACUCCUUGUGUUCCCUUAAAACCUUCUUUUAAUAAAUAUUUUAUCAUGU